ACAGCUGAGAGUUAUUUUUCCUUCUGAAACUGUUCAACUUGGCUGAAAUGUUUAAACCGUGAGGCAGCAACGUCGCUCCUCACACACCUGUCAGGGACGUGAAGCAACAGAUGUGUUUUCAGUGUCCUAAUAUCAGGAGGCGGACGGGUGGUGUGUGUGUGUGUGUGUGUGAGUGUGUGUGCGGGGGGGAUUAAAUCACAACAGUGAUUUGUCAGUGCUUCAGCUCUGAUGGAAAAAGGUUUGCAAAGAGCCAGUCAGAGUCAACGAGGAAUCCAGCAAGGCCAAAGCAAGUCAACGUUCGAUCCAUCAGAGGAAACCGAAGGAGCAUAUCAUCAGGCCUUUAUCACAGCUGACAUGAGACUGGUCAGCACCGGUGUCCGGGCCCUGAGGGCCGCAGAGUUGCCUGAACCAGAGCCGGAGGAAAGUACUGAGCCAGGUUAUCAUGAGCACUCCCAUCAUGAGCAAUCCCAUCAUGAGCAAUCCCACCAUGAGCACUCCAAUUCAGAGCUCCACCCUGGACACGACUUCAGCCACAUGAAGGAAAAGUUCAUGAAUGAAAUCACGCACCUGCCAGUUCCCAUGUGGGCGAUAGGAGCCAUCGUUGUGGUAGUCCUGGUUUUGGUGGCGUGCUGUGUCUUCUGUGUUUUCAAAAAAUGCUUUGGGAAAAAGAAAAAGCCAAAGAAGGUACGAGAGAGGAAGACUGGUCGACGCAAGAAGGCAACGGAAGGCGAUGGAGAGGCUGGAGAUAAGGACAAAGAGGUGAAGAAAGAAGGGGAGGAAGAAGAGAAGGAGCAGGAGAAGCUGGGCAAACUGGAGUUCUCCCUGGACUACAACUUCACAGAUUGCCAGCUCAUAGUGGGCAUCCUCCAGGCUCAGGACCUGGCUGCUAUGGACAUGGGGGGAACGUCAGACCCUUACGUCAAAGUCUUUUUGUUACCAGAUAAAAAAAAGAAGUACGAGACCAAGGUCCAGCGUAAAAACCUAUGUCCUGUUUUCAACGAGACCUUCAUUUUCAAGAUCCCAUACGCAGAGUUAGGUGGAAAGACUUUGGUGCUGCAGGUUUUCGACUUUGACCGCUUUUCCAAACAUGAUAUGAUUGGUGAGAUAAAGAUUCCCAUGAACAGUGUUGACAUGGGUCAGCCAAUGCAACAGUGGCGAGACCUGGAGAGUGGUGAGAAGGAGGAGCAAGAAAAAUUGGGCGACAUCUGCAUUUCUCUGCGGUAUGUUCCCACCGCUGGCAAACUGACAGUGAACAUCAUGGAGGCAAAGAAUCUGAAGAAAAUGGAUGUGGGAGGCUUGUCAGACCCAUACGUGAAGAUUGUUCUGCAGCAAAAUGGAAAACGCAUCAAGAAGAAGAAGACGACGGUCAAGAAGAACACGCUCAACCCCUAUUUCAAUGAAAGCUUCAGCUUUGAGGUUCCCUUUGAGCAGAUACAGAAAGUGCAGGUGGUCAUCACAGUGUUUGACUAUGAUAAACUCGGGAGCAAUGACCCCAUUGGAAAGACCUUCAUGGGUUAUGGAGCCACAGGGGUUGGCCUGCGCCACUGGUCAGAAAUGCUGGCCAAUCCCAGACGCCCAGUCGCCCAGUGGCACACUCUCAUGCCAGAGGAGGAAGUUGAUGCUGCACUGAAGGCAAAACCUCGUUAGAGUUGCACCAGUGUCACUUUAUCUGCGUUAAACCCUGAGGUUUUCUCAAUUUAAUUUAGUUUCUUUUAAGGUCAACACAUGUACAAGUGCUGGUGUGAUGUAUCUGUUUUUUGUUAUUUAAAUCCCUGCUCCCACACGACACCUAUUAACCAAACUUAAAUUAAAAAUAGGCAUAUUUAGAUCAUCUUCAUCUUUUGAAAGCCUUAUUCUCAGUCUUUUUCAUCCUAGUUGGGAAAUGCAAAAAACUAUUCAAAUCAUAAUUAUAGCGGAUUACAAUGACAGUCUUAGUUCUGUAUUUAAUUCACUGUUCAGUUGGUUUUACUCAACUUGUGAAUAAACAAAAGUUAAUUGUGGAGUUCCACAGGGCUCAGUACUUGGGCCUAUUCUUUUCACCUUGUAUCUGCUAGUGUGUGUGCUCUUGCAGGGGCCUAAUAAAAGGUGUAUUUUCAGGAUCCUUCUGAAAAGUUACACAACCCUGAAGAUGAGACGUCGGUAGGGAUGCUCUACGUCUUAUGUUUAAAGAAAACUCUGUCAUUUAUUAUAAUUUAAUUAAAUUUGUUUGUUGCUGACGUUGUUUAUGUCUACAUCCUGUUUUAUUUGUGCUGCUGCUGUGGCUUUUUUUCCUGGUUAAAUAAAGAAUAAAUAGAAAAUACUGAUGAUG